UGCAAAUAAGAGCAGUGAUUAUCAAAUAUACUACUGGAACAACAUGGAUUCAAGUGCUUUUACGAGUACAUGCUGCGCUAGCUUUCACAGACGCAACGGGGAGGCAGGAGAAUGUAAAAGUGAUAUAUUCGGAAGGAAGGGGUAUGUGUACAUACAGCCUCAGCCUGCAAAGUCAUGCAAGCCUUUGAAUAUAUAUAAGAAGCCAACAGUGUCUUUCGAAGACGGCACUGUUUACAAUCUGUCUUACAUUGGAAAUGACGCAGACACUGCUGCACAGUGUCGCGGCAGGGCCUUGCAACGGCGACAGAAUCUUUUUCCUGCAGGACAUAUGAGCAGUGAAACUACAUAUCGACACGACUACGGAUGGUGGCCUGAAGCUGUCCCGGCCGAGUCUGCCCGUCCACAUUCGCUUCCUUUAUUUGGCGGUGGUCCAAUGGAGUCACUCUCUACACAGAAACAUGACUACACACCAAAGCCUGUGACCGGGAUCGUUAACUUCGGUCCUUACAAUAACAUAAGGUUGUCAGACAGGCCUAUGGAGAAGACAACAAUCGCCAGAUUAUCCUACCAGCCAAUAGAGAAGUAUAUACCUACCGAAAGUUGUAAGCCUCAGGCUGAGCUACAUGCCUCCUGGAGAACUUGUGUACGUAGGGGAGUAAGAAGGAACUCGACAGACCUCUUGUGAAUGUUGCUCAUAACAACACAGGCAGAGUAAGGAAAUAACUGCACAUUGGAAUACAAUAGAAGAUAGAUCCCUUGGCUGGUACUCCAAUGCAGCCCCGAAGGUUCAGGGUUUAUGUCCUCGAAUUAGCCUUGCCCCCCCCCCGACUCAGUACUCUAUGCCUGCUCUGGCCUGCCACCUGUUGGUCCCCCUCCCCCCUCUCUUCUGAAUUCCCGUGUAGCCCCACUCACUUCUCUUCCUGCUCUUAUACAGCUGGGUUUACUCGACUUGACAUUAGCCUGUCAGCACCUACCCACGCUGGUUCCUCACCCGAGGAUAUUAUUUUUUCUUCUACCGUGAAGAUGAAGGCGAUACG